AAAUAUUGGUAGUUUUUCACAUUGUGUAAAGUGUCAUAAUCUGUCACUUAAGCGUUUUCUAAAUUAGGCUAAACAUUUCUAAUGGUUUGUUCUUCGAUCCAUCACAAGCUGAUAGUAAUAUUGGAAUUUCUAUUAUUUCUUAACUCGUUUCCAAUGAUAGACAGUGGUGUCAUCAUUUCUCGGAUUUAUUAAGCAGAAAGCGGUUUAGAAGUAAGUUUUGUUUGUAUUUGAGCUGUGUAGUUACGUGAUGUUGCAGUUGAUAAUAAGCACUAAUUUCGACUGUUUCACACGAUGUGGAAAUUUAAUUACGACUUGUGUUUCAUUCAGUUGGCCUAUUUAUCGCUUUUAUUCAGUCUUUUCUACGAUUGAUCUGUUAUUUUUUUCUGAAAGCUGUUUUGGCCAUCUCAUGAGACUUCCACCAAAAAAGUCUUGGGAGAAUAAAUUUAAAAGUACAGUCUGUUGAUUUCGAAUGAGGCCGUAAAUAUGGUUUUAAUACCGAGUAUGCUUUCUCUCAUGUUUACGCAUAAGCUGAUGUUUCUGUUAAAUCUAUAAAGCACCUUAAGCUCAACUUGUGGAUAAAAUAAUAUAAAAUUUUUCCUCGAACAUGACUGUGAUUCGAUUAAAAUCCAAUUUGCUCUUUGAUCUAGGUCAAAAUUACUACCCUUUUGGUGAAACGGGGAUUUCAUUAUAACAGACCUACAGGUAUUUCUCUUCGUGUCUGUGUGUAGAGUCUCGCACAUGGCGGAGGGUGGUGUGAAAGGCUCUCGUUCAGCUGAAGGGUUACACAAAACAGAGAAACCAGGAAAACUGUCAUCUGACCUAUUAAACAAGUUUAGAUCAGAUCCCACAUUGACUUGUCCACAGCCUUUACCUGUGGGACAUGCACACUCUUUCACUUCAAGUUCUGAGGAGAUUUUGACCUCACAGGAAAACAUUAAAUCAAUGAAAACAAGUGUCAGAAUCAAAGUCCCCGACAAAAGCAAAGACCAUCUCUCACCCAGCAGUGGUGAUGAGGAUAUACUUUCUGAUGAUGAAACAGGCUCAACUAAAGAUAAAAAGAAACGAAAAUCCAGGUGGAAGUGGAGUCCUUUGAAAAAGAUGAAAAAAAUUUUCAGGAGAAAGAAAAGCCCCACACGAGUUAAAUCUUGUGAAGAUAUCCCAACAGAGCAUUACAAACCAACAUAUACAGUCUCAUCACCAGAGGAUGAUGUGUCAAUAAGAAAUCGUACCAAGUCAGAGCCUUCCUUGGUUGAGGCAAAAACUAACAGUCAACUGGCUGUUGUUGAGUUGCAUGAAAGAAGAAGUACAUUUGACAAUCCCAUCCAAACAAUGCAGAGUAAGCCUAUGAAUAUGCCUUCUGACAAACUGGUAAAAACCUUGGAAACAGAUAGUAAAAGCCAAGAAAGUAUAAGUGAGGAACCUUUCAUGUCUUCAGAGGACAUAGCUAGCCAACCAGAUUCCACAGGCCUGGAUUUGAGCAUCAUAAGUUGUGACAGUGGUACCGAAGCUGCAGUCAGUUUCGAAAAUUUGCCGAGUGCUUCAUCUUUAGAGGGACUUCAAGCUGCACAUGAUAGAAUAAAAGUUGCUCCAAAACACCGUAGACCACCCAGUAGAGCUCUCUCCCACAAGUCAUCCAAAACCACGAAGGGUAAUCCUUUGAAACCACACAAGCGGUCCAAGACUGAUCCACAAGAGAUUUCUUCGAACUCCACCUCAGCCAUGGAGUCCAUUGAAGGAAAGGGGAUUAGUAAAAAUUCAGAUGUAAUCAACAAAACAAUAUCGGAAGAUGCAGAAAUUAAGAAUGAUCCAGGAAGGGAUAAAGUUGUGGCCGAUUUAAAAGCAAACGCAACGGAAAUUUUCAAUGAGGUGUUGAAAUCUUCAACAGUAGAUAAAAAGAAGGAAGAAAGUGAUUUGAUCUCAGCUGGUGACAUGUCAGAAGACAUAAUUGAAGCUAAAGGUAUACAGGAACAAGAGACCACCAUGAGAAGUGUCAAAGCAUCCAGUAAAAUCCAUGAAGACAAUGAAGAUAAAAGCCUUACUAUGAAGGUGAAAGACACUGUCAUUCAGAGCAUAGAGAAUGUAGAGACGGAAAAAAAAGAGUCGAAACCAAGAGAGGAAGUUUUUGCAAAUAAAGAAAUCAGUAGACCUUUUCUUGACCGCGGUAGGAGGUCUAAAUCACUAAAUAAGAACUUUGAGAAAACGGAGCCAUCAGAGGAGUCACCUGUGAAGUCACCACUGCAAAGAGGAUUCUCAUUAAAUGGCAUUAAACAGAAUGGUGAAAAAUCUCCUGAUCUGAAACUUGAAAAACAAGAGAAAAAUGGAAAUCAAGAAAAACCCCUUGGUGAACAAAGUAAAAGUUUUGAUGUUAAGAAUUCAUCACAAGUGUGUCAGGCCCACAAAGUGGAAUCCUUGGAUUCAGUCCCCGCCUCACCAGUUAAGGUUUGUGAUGCGGACAAAGUGUCCCACGAAAAUGAAAAGGCUUCCAAUCAACCUGCCUGGAUAGCACUAGCAAACAGAAGAAGUAAAAGAUUUUCACAGUUACUUAACGAAACUAAUGACAAUCAGGUGUCACUGGAAAUUAAGAAUGACUCUACCUCUGCUGUAAUCGUACAAUCCAACAAACAAGGCGACGCAUCAGAUCCAUCUGACAAGAAAAAACCCAAAAUACCAGCUAAACCAGAGAGGCUAACUAACAAGACCAACGGUAACAACGUAGCAAAAGAGGUAGAGAAGCGCAAAGUACUAAACCAGUUACCCUCAGGAGGAAGGGAUUUGCCUAAAGAUAAAUGUGUGGUAUGUGGGAGAACUGUUUUCCAAAUGGAGAAAUGUAACUUUGACAGUAGUGUGCUUCACCGCCAAUGCAUCAAGUGCUCUGUCUGUAAGAGACUUCUGACAAUUGGAAACUUCAUCAUAGCUGAAAGCAAAGUAUACUGUAAACCUCAUGGACAGGUAGUGUCUGUCUCCUUGUAAAUCAGAGAAUUCCUUCGCGAGAGGGAUACAGAGGCGUGCAUUGUAAUUACCUCUGACCUUGUACAGCACACUAGAAACUACUGGAAGCAAAUUGUUCCUCCUACCCGUAAAUGAUAUAUGAACUGAAUUAUACUUUACUUUACGAAACGUGAUACAUACCACUGGUGCACUUUACUGUGGGGUAAUCACCUUCACAAUUAACGCAUGCACUGCACCUAUCACUGCACCUCUAACUGCACAAUCAUAAAUGCAACCAUACAUGCCGCACCGAAUUGGUGAUGUUUUUUUUUUUUGUUUGUUUGUUUUUUUUUAUGAAACAUUAUUUUAAAAAAUAUGUCUCAACAACUUCAAACGACAUUUUUAUUAAACGAUGUUCUCGUUCUCAGCAACUGACAAAGGGUCCACUUGAGCAUGCUUGAUUCAACUUGUGAAUAGUGACAUGGAAUUGCGGUGGCUGUAAAAUCGUGCAAAAGUUUUAUCAUAGCAAUAUGUUUGACGUAAGAUAAACAACAAAAGUACCCAACAUAGCCGUUGGAGUAUAGACUAACCGCUGGCUUUCACUUAAAACAUACAGUCCCGCUCCUGAACUUCUACAAAAAAGCGGGAACGUUUGAGUGAGAAACAAAUCUUUUUUUAGUAUUAGUAGAGGAAAAGUGUGUGUGGUUGCUCAAUUUAAAGACAGUUCCCUGAGACAUAUCUCGGUUACAGAGGACACGUAGCCCGUUUUAGAUUCGGGAUUGUUAUGUGAAGUGCAUAUUUUUACAAUGUUAAUACUAAUGAACAGACAGAACAGAACAGAACAGAACAGAUUUAUUUUGCACUAUCUCAAGAGAUUACAGCAAAGAUUACUAUAGAUUACAAAGUAAAAAUAAACAAGAAACAAUAAAUUACAUAAAUAAUCAAAAAUAAACUGUGCGCAGUGACCAAAGCAGCUUAAGCUUUCGAUUUGGUCACUGCCACAUGUAACUAA